AUGGCAACAAAUGAUAAUAAAAAAAUUGUUUUAAUUACUGGUGCUAAUAAAGGAAUUGGUUUUGAAGUUGCACGCCAGCUGGCACAAAAGGGUUUUCAAGUAUUACUUGGUUCUCGUGAUGAACAACGAGGAAAAAAAGCUGUUGAACAACUUCUAUCUGAAAAUCUUUCUGUAUCAUUAAUUCAAAUUGAUGUUACUAAUCAAACAUCAAUUGAUGCAGCUGUUAAUGAAAUUACAAAUAAAUAUGGUUAUUUAGAUAUACUUAUUAAUAAUAGUGGUAUUUAUAUUAAAGAACCACGUCCAAGUCAAUUAACUUUAGAUAUAUUUCAAGAUAAUUUUAAUGUUAAUUUUUUUGGUGCAUUUUUUGUAACAAAAUCAUUUUUACCAUUAAUUCGAAAAUCAUUAUCAGGACGUAUUGUUAAUGUUACAAGUGCACUUGGUUCAAUUUAUUUUCAUGAAACAUGUAAACAAUCAUAUUUUCAUUUAGCAUAUAGUGCAUCAAAAGCAUCAUUAAAUAUGUUUACAUAUCAAUUAGCACAAGAAUUAAAAAAUACAAAUAUAAAAGUUAAUACAUGUACACCUGGUUUAACAGCAACAGAAUUGACAAAUUUUCAUGGUCAUUCAGUUGAAAUUGGUGCAAAAUCAACUGUUUUCUUAGCAACAUUACCUGAUGAUGGACCAACAGGAAAAUAUUUUAAUGAAAAUUGUCAAGAAGAAAAAUGGUAA